ACUAUGGGUCUUAAUCCCCCAUAGACUUUUACUUCUAUUUGUCAAGUAAAACAGGGACUGAACAAGAAAGUGAAUUGUUGUCCGUUUUUUGGCAAAAUCAAAAAAUUUUUGGUCAUUUGACACGUUGACCAAUCACAGAGCUCUCGGACCAAUUGCAGUUGGAUGACGCAAUCACUGUUUGAUGGUAACUUUUCAAAACAAGAUGGCGGACGAACGGGAAGCUGUUAAUUCAACUGCAAGACCAAACAACGAGAAUCCAAACAGGAACGCCUCUCACGAUUUGAAUUAUCAAGCAUGGAUGCAAUAUUGGGAGUAUUAUUAUUCCUCGUACAUGUAUCACUAUACAAAUUAUUAUUAUAUGGCAUUGUGUCAAAAUCAAACAACUUUGCAAAAUCCUCUUUUGCUAAAUCGCAAUGUUGGCACUGGCAGCAGUUCUUUAAAUGGUUCAACCGUUGAUCAAGCAAAUCCUCUAAAUAAUAUUCCUGUUGGAAGAAAUGUAAACCAACCAAAUGAACGAUUUGAGUACAAAAUAGCUCCAGUUGGAAAAAGGGUUAUUGCAGAAUUCAUUGAUUUUGUUUUCCUAUAUUUCCUGAAAUAUGUUCUUUGUUUGCUCUUCUACAAGUAUCCAGAUCGAAUCAAUUCUCAGUUUCAAUACAUCCUUAUAAUCGAUGAUAAUACCAGUAUUAAGGAUCUUGAAGAUGUCAUAUUGCAAGCCUUGAUUUAUCGAUUUAUUGUCUUUCUUUAUGAGACCCUCUUUCUUGCCAUGGCAUUUCCAUGUAAAAUAGGAGGAGCAAGUUUAGGAAAGUAUAUGAUGGGAAUAACAGUUGUUCUUUAUUCAAGUAUGACACCAAUUGAAGGACAAAACCUGCGUCAGUUUACUGGUAAUGCUGAUAGAAUUUCACUGUGGCAAUCUUGUGCUCGGUCAACGUUGAAGAACUUUAUGAUAACAUUUUUCUUUCCUGUCAUAUUUACAACAAUGUUUCUUCAAAACUAUCGUACUCCUUAUGAUUUUGUUGCAAACUCUAUUGUGAUUGAUGCCAAUCCAAAGCGCUUAGUAGACCAAGCACCUUAAUUCAUAUGAUCACCAUAAUGUAAAUGCAACAUGUUUGCCUUCUAAAUUAAGUUGUUAUCAUUUUGUUUCUGUAUAUAUUUGUGAUAAAUACUUAGAAAUAUAAUAGAUCAGUAUUUAACAAAAUGUAACUGUAAAACAGAAGUGUAUACUAAAGUUAUGGUUUUCUUUGUAA